AUGCCGACUUCUGCAAACUUAUCCAAAAUAGUCUUUCCAGCGACAUCAGACUUGUUAAUUCCAGAGACCAGAACGACUUGUUGUGGGUCACCGACUGAGGAAGCAGCAAACGCCACGUUGAAUCCAACUCCCCCCACUGAGUACUCGGUUUUUCCUGGACACGAAUCGUUCAGGUCCACUUUUUGCAGGGUGUUGGUGGAAUCCAAAGCAACGGAUCCAACAACAAGCGCGUUGGCUGUCUUGGGAGUGGUCUUAGAAGGCGAGACGACUUGCUGUACGCCCUUUGUUUCGAGAUACUCCAUAGUUCUUGGAACAUCUAAAAUCGACUUGGGUCCUGAACAGAUCACACCCACCGGAGUCUUGGACAGCUCGUCUAAAUCUGCGCUGACGUCCAUCAAGUCAAAAGGACGCGAGACACCGCCCAAUCCGCCGGUUGCAAACAGAUCGAUCCCCGCGGCGUGGGCCAGAAUCAUGGUGGAGGCGAUUGUGGUUCCCCCAGUCAGUUUCUUGGCCAUCACAAACGGAAUGUCUCGACGAGAAACUUUAUACUUAUCCCCUGGAACAGACAUAGAUUCCAGAUCUGCAACCGAAAGUCCCACUUUUGGCACUCCCUCAACAAACCCAACGGUCGCUGGAACAGCACCAUUCUCGCGAAUCAGUUGUUCCACGGACUGGGCCAUCUCAAUGUUGGCCGGGUACGGCAGACCAUGGGUGAUGAUUGUGCUCUCCAAGGCCACCACCGGGCCCUUCUGCUUGACACAAUCGGCAAUCUCCGAUGUCACCUGA